UAAUACAUUACCAUAUAAUUCAUGUUACUUUAAACGCUAUCUUCGAGAUAUCUUAAUCAACUCUGUGUCACUGAUGACGUUAUUGACAUUCUUUUAAAAUCAAAUAGCAUUAUUAUAAUAUUCUUUUCUUCUUGCAAAAAUGAAACUUUCACUCGAUGAACAAUAACGAAUAUGUUUUAAGUUGAAGGUAGUUGAAGUAUUAUAUAUAUUAUAUUAGAUUGUCUAAAAAAUAUUGGGCCUUUGGAGAUCAAAAUUAAGAACACUUCCGUUUCGGCCGUUUUGUUAGGUGCAAUCGCUCUAAUUGUAACAGUAUAGAUCCGAAUCUGUUCUACCUGGCGGCAGCAGCUCGUGAUGCACGAUGCCCUUAAAUCCCACCAAACACACAACAUAACUUUCCUGGGCGUCAGUAUAAGUUUUGAUUAUUACAGACUGUGACGCUUCUCCUCGUUUUGACCACGAUCUUUUUCGCACAUUGUUGUCGUAGGUCGUUAUCCACUUUUCGUCAUUUGUUAUUAAUCACUUCAGAAAUGGCUCGAGUUACCUUUCAGUAGAAAUUCGAUCGAGUAAAUUUUUUUCAGUCAGAUUAUGUGACAUCCAAACGUCGAACUUUUUUUUGUAGCCAGCUUUCUCCAAGUGGUUUAACACUGAUGGAUGUUUAGGUCCUUGGCGAUGUCAUGACCUGCUUACAUGCCGGUUUUGCUCGACUUUUGCCAGAAUAUCAUCCACUUGUUCUAUGAUUGGUUGCCCACUGCGAGAAGCAUCUUGAACAACAAAAUUUCCAGAACGAAAGCGACUAAACCAUCUUUUGGCUUUUGUUUUUGAUAACGUAUCUUGCCAAUAAACAGCACAAAUUUCUUCGCGAGCCUGCGCAGCAUUUGUGCUUUUAUCGAAAUAAAAUUGCUAAAUGUAGCGCAAUUUUGCGGAAAGUUUAUUCAUCUUCACGGCGUAAUAACUUACGUCCGAGUAUAAGAAUUCCAAUUCCACUUUUUGCACAUCUACUGACUUCAAAUGCCAGCUGUCAAAUGACUUUCCGCCCCGCUGCGAUUUAUAUACCUGAGAUUUGGAACACUAACGCUAUCUCGUGAGCAAAAGGCUCAAUACUUUUUAGAUUACCUGAUAUAUAUGGAAUAUCAUUCUUUGACAAAUACUUAACCUCUUUUUAACUAUUCCUUUUUUUUUUAGAAGAAAACUGUAUUCUCUUUUUUAUAUAAUUAUAGAAUAACAAAACAUUUUAUCCAUGAUACAUUGAAGAGUUUCAAGUUACGUAGAUAAUAUUUAUAAAUACUGUGAAAAUGGAUAGUCUUUUCACACAAAAUAUUUCAGAAGAACCAGAGGAUAUACCACAAACAGAUGAGCCAGUUUGGAUUCUUGGAAAAAAAUAUAAUGCUAUAAGAGAACUAGACGCAAUUCGUAGGGAUAUAAAAUCCAAAUUAUGGUUUACUUAUCGAAAAAAUUUUGUGCCUAUUGGUGGUUACAAUUCUACAUUUACAUCUGACAAAGGUUGGGGUUGCAUGUUAAGAUGUGGUCAAAUGGUUCUUAGCCAAGCUUUAAUUAUAUUACAUUUAGGUAGAGAUUGGCAAUGGACACCAGAAACCAGAAAUAGUACGUACCUGAAAAUUUUAGAACGUUUUGAAGAUAAAAGAACUGCCGCUUUUUCUAUUCACCAAAUUGCAUCAAUGGGAGCAUCAGAAGGAAAAGAAGUUGGACAAUGGUUUGGGCCCAACACAAUAGCACAAGUAUUAAACAAUGUAGAGUAGAAGGAGGUACAACAGUGGAAGCUGACGAUAAUAUACCAUUGAAAGCACCUAGCCAAUGGAAACCUUUAUUACUUUUAAUACCUCUUCGUCUUGGAUUAAAUGAGAUUAAUCCAAUUUACAUUAAUGGUCUUAAAGAAAUGAAGUAAUUUAUUUGGAUCCUCAUACAACACAAAGAUCAGGUAGUGUUGGCAAAAAACUAGAAGAGGAAGAGAUUGAAAUGGAUAUUACUUAUCAUUGUAAAUCUUCUAGUCGUAUUCUUAUUACAGGAAUAGAUCCUUCUGUAGCACUUUGUUUCUUCUGUGCAAGUGAAAAAGAUUUUAGAUCUUUAUGUAAAUCUAUUCAAGAAGAAUUAAUAGCACCAGAAAAACAACCUUUACUUGAAUUAUGUGCAGAGAGAUUAGCACAAUGGUCACCAACUGAAGAUGUAGCUUUAGAAGCAAUAGCAGCUUCAAUUGUAGAUUUUGAACAUAUAGAUCCACAAUGUGAUACAUCUGAUGAAGAUUUUGAAUUACUUGGUUGACAUUUAAUUAAUAAUUAACAAAUUUAUUAUGAUAUAAAUAAUGUAUAUAUAACAUCAAAGAUAAUUCAUUCAUACAUAAAAUACAACCAUUCAUUCAAUACGUACAUUGAUUUGUAUUAAUUAGUACUAUUUUAGUACUAAAAUAAUUUAUAUCAAACAAUUAAAAUAUUGUAUAUAUUACUUAUAUCUAAAUUUUUUGGACAUGAGUGAUCUAUUAAUAUUGUUAAUAUAAUAUAAUAUAAUAUAAC